UUAUCUGCGAUUUGUUUGAUUUACAAAUGUAGUAAACUGAACGUGAAACUUUGAAAGAUUUUGAUGCAAAGCUUAAAAAUGGCGUCUAAAUCUUUUUCUGAGAAGGAUUUGUCUUGUCCUGUGUGCUGUAAUAUUUUUACAAAUCCUGUUAUGUUGUCUUGUAGUCACAGUAUCUGUAAAGACUGUAUUCAGAGAUUCUGGGAAAGUAAAGGAUUUCAAGAAUGUCCAGUUUGCAGAAAAAGAUCUUUAAGGGAUGAACCUCCAAUAAAUUUAGCUUUGAAGAACCUGUGUGAGACUUUCUUACAGGAGAGAAGUCAGAGAUCUUCAUCAGUUUGUCAUCUUCACGAUGAGAAACUCAAACUCUUCUGUCUGGAUGAUCAACAGCCGGUGUGUUUGGUGUGUCGAGACUCCAGAACUCACAACAACCACAAAUUCUGUCCUGUCGAUGAAGCUGUCAUUGAUAAUAAGGAGAAACUCAAAACUGAAUUAAAAUCCUUACAGGAGAAACUGAGAAUAUUUGAGAAGAAUAAACAGAAGUUGGAUAAAACUGCAGAACAUAUAAAGAUUCAGGCUGAAUGCACAGAGAAGCAGAUUCAUGAAGAGUUUAAGAAACUUCACCAACUUCUACAUGAUGAAGAAUCAGUCAGAAUAACAGCACUGAGAGAGGAAGAGGAGCAGAAGAGUCAGAUGAUGAAGGAGAAGAUUGAGAAGAUGAGCAGUGAGAUUUCAUCUCUUUCACACACAAUCAGAGUCAUAGAGAAGCAGAUGACAGCUGAAGAUGUUUCAUUCCUACAGGACUUUAAGAGCACAAUGGAGAGAGUUCAGUGUAGAACGUCAGAUCCAGAGGACAUCUCAGGAAUGAUGAUCAAUGUAGCAAAACAUCUCAGCAACCUGAAGUUUACUGUCAUACACAAGAUAAAGGAGAAAGUUGAAUACAUUCCAGUGAUUUUGGACCCAAACACUGCUGACUGUCGUCUCUUUCUCUCUGAUGAUCUGACCAGUGUUAUGCUGCGUUCCAGGCAACCUGUAACCCCGCUGCUUCCUGAUAAUCCAGAGAGAUUUGAUGAGUGUUCAUGUGUUUUGGGUUCAGAGAGCUUUAACUCAGGGAUUCACUGCUGGGAUGUUCAGGUUGGAGACAACACAUACUGGCAUCUGGGUGUGAUGUCACAAUCUGCAGAGAGGAAGAAGAGCAUAUACUCCAGGAGUAGAAUCUGGUGUGUGAGGUAUUACUCUGGUGAAUACUUUGCAGUCAUUACAUCACAAACAUUUCUUGAUCUCCCAGUGAAAACGGUUCUCCAUGUCCCUGUGAAAGUGAAACUGGAGAGAAUCAGAGUUGAGUUGGAUUGUGACAGAGGAAAACUGUCAUUCUCUGAUCCUCUCACUAACACACACAUACACACUUUCACACACACAUUUACUGAAAGAGUUUAUCCAUGGCUCAGUGUUGGCUGUGAUAUUUCUCCUCUGGUGAUCUUACCGGUAAAAUCCUCUUAAAAACUUAAGAUUGAUUUUGUUUAUAAAACAGUUUGAGGUUUUUUGGUGAUAAAGUUCAUUAAGGUGUUGUUUUUGUUCACUGUGUUAUACUUGAUAUUGUUAAUUGACGCCGCUGAUAUUGAAUGCAGUCGUGUAUAAAGAAACACAUGGAGUUACACAGACUGAUAUAAAAACACUGUAUUAUACAAAUAAACAUGAUGUGAGA